AUGUCUUUAACCUUCCACGACUAUCUGUCCUUCCAAUGUUCCAUCCAAAGCACUUGCAACGGCACCGUGGCUUCCGGCCAGCAACCCAUUCAGCUCCUGGAGCUCCGACUCGGACAUUCGACCCAUCUCAUCUCUCGAUCUUCUCGCCAAAUUCUCCAACAAACUCCCUCAACCCCAAUCGGCGAUGCUCUGUUUCCUUUUGUUCUGCGCGACCUCCAACACCCACCCUUCCUCUCCAACUGCUAUGUUCUUCAGUUUUUGUCUUCCUUCAGCAUCCCCAUCGCCGCCUGCGAUAUCAUCUAUGAAGAGAUCUCCUCGUUUGCCCUCCAAUUGGCCGCCGGCAACAUGGAUCUCAACUUCCACAUCGUCGUCGAAGUGGAUGUCAACGAAAUGAUAUGGGUGGACCUGGACCCAUUCCUUGUUGAAGAAUAUUCUCCGGCUGAGAUGAACGGGGCGCCGGCGUCGGCGAUUGAGAGGUUGCAGAGGCAGAAAUUUGAUGGGUUGAGGGAGGAAGAGGAGGAGGGGGAUUGCAGUGUUUGUUGCGAAGCGCUGAAAGGAGAAGAGGAGGUGAGCAGAAUCCCGUGUGGUCAUGUGUAUCACAAAUUCUGUAUUCUCAAGUGGCUUCAGAUGAGCAAUUCGUGUCCUCUGUGUAGAACCAAAUUAGAACAAUAA